AUGAACUCGGUUGCACAAGCCUUAAUUAGUGGUAUUGCUUAUGCCACUAGUGCACAAAAGGUAUGGACGGAUUUACAAGAGAGGUUUGACAAAGUGAAUUAUACUCGUUGCUACAAUUUGCACAAGGAAAUUGCUACCCUAUGUCAAGGUACUUCCUCUAUCUCUAUCUAUUAUUUAUGGCUCAAGGACCUUUGGGACGAGUCUGAGUCUGUUAUACCCACUCCUGGCUGUAAUUGUGUUAAGACAAAGGAGUUUAUUGUAUAUCUACAAAAGCAAAAGGUGUAUCAGUUUCUAAUGGGCUUGAAUGACUCUUACUCUCAAGCUCGUAGUCAAAUACUUAUGAUGAAGCCACUUCCUUCAGUGAAUCAAGCAUAUGCCAUGCUUAUGAGUGAUGAAAGUCAAAGAGUUGUAGCUGCUUCUACUGAUAUUUUAGGAUCUUCACCUACUGUAAAUACACAUCCUUAUGAUUCAACUGCACUAUGUAGUGCUAAGCCUAAUUUCAAUCCAAAAUUUAGGAAGAACUAUAACAUUCAGUGUACUAGCACUGCUCAAGCAAAUGUGGCAAGUACUAGAAUUGCUCUCUUAGCAUCUACUAGUCCACAAGAAUGGAUUAUUGAUACUGGAGCAACUAAUCAUAUGGUGUCAGAUGCUAACUUGCUCACUAAGACUUCUGUAGCUGCUCCCUCUAAGCCUAGGAGAGUACUGGUGAUAGUAAUAGUAUUCUAUGUACCUCAGUUCAAGAUCUCUUCAGUGUGGGAGAUUGGUACAGAAAGAGAUGGUCUAUACUUUCUGCAGAGAUAUGGUGGUAAGAAGUUCACUGCAGUCUCUUUAGCUGCUGCUGGAAUAAAGUCAAGACAGGGUGACACUACAGUUGAUGUUGCCUUGUGGCAUAAAAGACUAGGUCAUGUAUCUAGUAGUGUUAUUAGGAAAACGUAUGCUGCCAAACUAGCUAGUAUCAAUUACACUAUCAAUAAAGGUGGUAAGAAGUGCACUGCAGUCUCUUUAGAUGCUGCUGGAAUAAAGUCAAGACAGGGUUACACUACACUUGAUGUUGCCUUGUGGCAUAAAAGACUAGGUCAUGUGUCUAGUAGUGUUAUUAGGAAACCGUUUGCUGCCAAACUAGCUAGUAUCAAUGACACUAUCAAUAAAUGUAGUGUAUACCCUUGUGCUAGACAAACCAGGUUUCCAUUCCCUUCUAGCUGUAUUAAGACUGUUGCCGCCUUUGAUCUAAUACAGCAAAAUGGAGUUGCUGAGAGAAAGCACAUGCACAUCCUAGAAGUCACCCGAGCUUUAAUGUUUCAGGCCAAUAUUCUCAUCAAGUAUUUGGGACAUUGUGUGCUUGCAGCAGUGUACAUCAUAAAUAGGAUGCCAUCUUCUGUUCUGCAUGGUCUUUCUCCCUUUGAAUUGUUGUAUGGUAGGGCACCUAACCUGGGUCACUUAAGAAUUUUUAUUGCUUAUGCUAGGCCAAUCAAGGAUGUGUCCUUUAGGGAUGAUAUAUUUCCCUUCAAAGAUAUCACACCAACAACACCUCCUAUUUUCUUGCCUCCUGACUUGUCCAGUUCUAGUGAAAAACAGCCUUCACUUCCUUCAGUUCCUGCUAGGCAUGAGUCUACUGACUCUUCUCCUUUGCACCAGUCAGCAGCAGAUGUGAUGCCUUCUACACUUCCUCCUCCUACUCAGAACUCCACUAGUAUGAUGAGAUCUUUGAGGACAAGGCAGGCCCCUAUAUGGAUGAAGGACUUUGUGUCACAACCUGGACACAAGUCUGUUCCCUAUUCCAUUGCUAACUAUGUGUCCUAUGAUGGAAUUUUUCCCAAGUAUCAGGCCUAUUUAACAACAUUCUCUAAAAUCCAGGAGCCUACUUCUUUUGAGCAAGCUGCUCAAGAUCGUAGGUGGGUUGAAGCUAUGCAAGCUGAAAUUGCUGCAUUAGAAUCCAAUCAUACCUGGGAUGUGGUAUCCUUACCUUAA